CAUCUCCAUCUUCUUGCUUUCCUCUGUCACCGCACGUCAAUCUUGACAAUCACUUCUUUAUUCCUCACAGAGAUGUGAUCCGUCUUCAUGUCCUUUUCUGCUUGUUCGUGUCCCUCUAACAUGAUCGAUAUGGGUAGUGCUUUCCUCGAGUCGCGGGCUCCUCCGCCGCACUCAGCUCCGACCACUCUGUCAGUUCCACGGCAAUCGCAUCGUCACUCCGUUUCGACUCCUCGGUUGACCAUCACCACCACGCUGACUCCUCCAUCAUCGUCUUCCACGAUGGCUGAUCGCUAUUAUACUCGACCUGCCUCCCCUGGUGGUCGUAGGAUUGCCCACUCUGGGCGUGCUUCCGCAACUCAGUUGGGAGGUUAUGACCAUUAUUAUGGCGGCCCAAGAGCUAGUCGAGAAUAUGUAGACCCAAGAGCUAGCGGAGAAAGGAUCGUGCCGCAUGCAUCUCAGUAUUUCACACAUGCUCCGUCCUCGUCUUCGACUACGGGAGGCAGCUCUUUGAGCAGAUCUAGUGCAGGCUAUGACGCAUACUCUGGACGUCCGCGCCGUUCAACCUUGGAGGGCAACGCUGGAAGACCUCCGAGCCUCAAUCUCUCCACACGUCACCGUCCAGUUGCUGUCAUACACACCCAGAAUGACAGACCAUCCAGUCCACUCACCAGACAUUACGACGACAGAGGUCGAGAUCAUGACUACUCUGCGAGCAUUUCGGCUCCAAAGCGAGAACACAAGAAGGUCUAUAGCGUCGAUGACGGUCAAUCUCGACUAAUAGAAGAGAAAGACAUAAAACCCAGAAGAGAGCGCAGGCCCAGCGUCGAAAGAACUGGCAACAGACACUCUGCGCAAAUUGGCGGUAGCCGUCAGCAAUACUAUCCCAUUGCGCCCAUAGUUGCUCCUCGAGAUACAGAGGAUUACUAUUCUUACACAGAUCCCGCAAAAAUGUACUCGGAAACAGAACCAAGCUGGCGUCCUCGGCGGAAUAGUGUGGAGCGAAGCUCUCGUCCAUCUAGUAUGAUUAUUGAAACUGCGGGUCCCGCGAUGAAGCCUGCGCGAGAAUACGGGCCGCCGGUGUCUACGAGAGGCUUCGACAAAAUUAAUGGCAGCAGUGCAUUAGGUCGUUCGGGCAGUCUUCGGCACACUGACAGGGACAUUCAUCACAGAACUUCGUCUCGAGAGCGUGCUCCUGAAAGGCCGCGCGAUGUCGAGCACACUUCUGUCUAUCGUGACAAUCUUCCAGAGCCCUACAUACUACCUCAGGACGUCCCGCCAAGAUCGAAUUCUGCGCUACCUGCCCCCGGCCCCCGCGCUCACCAGGUUCGGGAUGAUCGAGAGCGCUAUCGAGAUACGGUUUAUGAUGAGCCAGCAUCUGGUCGCCACCAUCGCCGUCGCUCUACCUACGAAGAUCCUGAUGUAACAACGCGCGGAUUCGGUAUUCGCACCGGCAGUACAGACAAACAUCCUCGGGACCCAAGCGUCGACCGCCAAGCGACCUAUCCACCACAGCCACCUGUUGCAGAGCCCCUCUCGAUUCCAGAUCCGAGAAAUUAUCAGCCUAUCGAUUCUAUUCCACCGCCGAUACCUCCUCCGCCCUCACGAGACGGUCGAGAGGUUCGGCGAGAUGAUCGUGAUUGGCCGCCGGAGUUGGACCGAGAAAGUUACCGAGAGCGGGACUAUCGCGAUAAGCCGCGUGACCACAAAGACAGGGAUCGGGACCGAGAAAGGGAUCGACCACGUGAUCGAGACCGAGAUGACAGAGAUAGGGACCAUGGUAGGGAUCGUGGUCGUGAUUACGACCGCUAUCACGAACGAGAUGACAAAUCACGCAGAGACCGAGACCGUGAUGAUAGGGACAAAGAUGGCAGGGGCAGUCUGUUGCCUGUCGCUGCCGUAGCUGGUACUGCUGCUGCCGCUGCCGCCGGUUACGGUUUGCACAAGAAAGAAAAAGACAGAGACGAUCGAAGAGAUGAUAGACGGUAUGAGGAUGAUCGAGGGGGGGUACCUCGUCCACCUCAAUCAGCUCCUCCUGGCGACUUUCCUCCCCCUCCACCGCCGCCGCCAGUCGACAACCAGGGCAUACCGCCAAUGGCUGGGCGAGCACCGCCGAUUCCACCACCGGAAAGAUCACAUACUGACGACCGCAGACCACCGCUGGCAAUAGACAGAGGUUACCCUGAUGAACGCCGAAUGCAACUACCACCGUCCGAUCGAGGCUUACCCGAUGAGCGAAGGGUGCCACUGCCAGCUGGACGAGCUGUGCCUGACGAGAGACGAGCUCCGCUGGUGUCUGAUAGAGGUCUUUUAGAUGAGCGACGGGGGCCGCAACCUGAUAAAGGGUUGGAUGAACGCAAAGUGCAGCUUCCUCCACCUCCACCUCCACCACAAGAAGACUACAGAAAAGCGCCAGAUGAUCGCAACAGAGUGCCCAUUCCUGAGCGCCCCAGGCCCCAGCAACAGUCUUCUGACAGCAUGGAUAUGAUGACCCGCGAAAGGCACUAUGUCGAUCGCGAAGCCGAGCGAGACGUUGCGAGAGAGGCUUCGCGCCAAGACUCGAAAAAGUCAGAACCCGUUGAUCCCGAUGAAGACUAUCGUCGCAGAGUUCAGGCUGCACAAGCUGACCUGCAACGUGGUGUCGUCAGACAACCGCCACCUCCAAGUGACAGAGACUCUAGUGGCUCCGACCGAGAAAGGAGACGUCGUGAACGAGGAUAUAGCAUCGAACACGAUCGUUACAACGUAGAGAGAGCACCUACAGCACCCACACCGAUCACAGGACCACCAGGCGCUUACCCUGUAGAUGAUUCCCCACGUGACCACCGCGAUAGAGAUGCUCCCAGUCGGGUUCCCCCGAGAUCUGACCGACCCGGCGAUCGCUCUAGCGGUGUAUUUGAUCGUCAUCUUGUACAGGAUCCCGAAGAGUAUGGUGAACCGGAGCGUGAUAGAAGGAUUAACAUCGUUGCUCCUCCAAAAGAAAAUUCACCACCAGUCCGAGGCAUACUGCGCCGCCCAACUGAGAAGUUUCCAGAAGAUCCCAAUCCUAUCCGUGAGGGGGUUGCCCCUCUAAAGGACGCAAAGGUGGGCAAAGAUAUUCCACCAAACGCACGAUGGACCAGGAUCGAUCGCCGUCUAGUCAACCCGGAAGCCCUCAAGGAGGCCAAAGAACGGUUCGAGGAACGACUCGAUUGCGUGAUUGUCCUCCGUGUAUUAUCGAAAGACGAUAUCCAAAAGUUGGCAGAUCGUACGAUGGAAAUUAGGGAGGCGCGCGAGGAGGGCGAUGAUAGAGCGGCAAAGAUGAUGAAAGAUAUGCCGAACGAGAGCGCGAGCGCGACUCAGACCGCGACGACAGGUCAGACAGACACCGUGACCGCAAGCAUCGCCGCAGCCGGAGACGCGAAUACGGUAAUGAGACUGAUGACACGGAUGAUUACGACACAGAUCGGAGUGACGGCCGGGAAAGAUAAAAGCCGGUGGCGGAAAGUGGAGGGCAUAAAUAAAGUACGCGAAAGUGGUUUAUGCAUGGUAGAGUCAGAGAGGGAAAUGUCGAUAUACUGGAACGAUAAGUGUUGUUUUACAUGGGUCAUGUCAUUGAAUACUCCAAAUGUACAGAGUAGCAUGAACACGAACAAUUUCCAUCGCAUUGUGAUCGACGAGCUCACGUAAACAUUAAACACUCGCACCAUGGAUAUAUAUAGUGUGUAACGACCAAACCAACAUACUGCUGUCAGCCCUACCGGAUACUGGUCGAUCGGAUCCAGGAGCUGGCUUCGCCUCACCUCGCCUCGCCGCAAGUUGGACAUCGCAUUUCUUUUGUAGAUGAGAGCAAUUUUCAUAGCCCUGCCAAGUCUGAGCUCAUGGGUCGUUCUUCCAAACCGAAGCCCCAAUAGAUUUAGACGGAAAUUAUGAUUCGUGUCGAUAUAAACGCUUCGUAUUUCCUAGAGUGGUGGCUUGAACCGACUUAGCGAGGACCAUGGACUACUAGAGACUUUGCACUAGAUAGAUAAACUUGUUGGCAGAUGACAAAGU